GAACCCAAACCGCCGACCCAACCCACACCUCACACCCCCAGAGUCUAGUUUUCGGUUUCAACCCAGCACUCACGCCAGAAAAACCCAUAAACCCUCCAAUCAGCCAGUAUGGCUGAAAAUCCAGAACAACAACCUCAAAAAUCCGAACAAGUCUGCAAUUUCUUCAAAAAACCUUCAAAGAACAAAAACAUAAGAAAAAGAUCCCACAACAACAACAACGAUGAUCAAUCCGAACAACAAGAGGAACCCUCAAUCAUAAUCAACAAGAAAAAACCCAUCACACCAGACAACAAAUUACAUUUUGCCACUGUAUCAUCAAAACACCAGCAACAAGAAGCAGACACAAAAACAACAAUGUUCCAAUUCGAUUCAUCAAAAAAAAUUCAAGUUCAAACCGACAACCGAGCCACUGCAACUCUAGAAACCGAGACCGAUUUCUCAACAGAUGCAAGGGCAAUCAGGGAAAGAGUGUUAAAACAAGCCGACGAGGCGUUAAAACGGUCCGCUAAUGCGGGUAGUGGCGAGAAGUUGUACAAAGGUAUACACGGGUAUACGGAUUAUAAAGCGGGUUUUAGGAGGGAGCAAACGGUUGCUAGCGAGAAAGCGGGUGGGUCUCAUGGACCUUUGAGGGCUUCGGCUCAUAUUAGGGUGUCGGCGAGGUUUGAUUACCAGCCGGAUAUUUGUAAGGAUUAUAAGGAGACCGGGUAUUGUGGGUAUGGUGAUUCGUGUAAGUUUAUGCAUGAUCGUGGAGAUUAUAAGUCCGGGUGGCAGAUGGAGAGGGAAUGGGAUGAAGCCGAGAAGGCGAGGAAGAGGAAGUUGGCGUUGAAAGGUGAUGACGAUGAUGACGAGGAUGAUGAGGAUGGACUUCCGUUCGCUUGUUUUAUAUGUAGGCAGCCGUUUGUUGACCCUGUUGUGACUAAGUGCAAGCAUUAUUUCUGCGAGCAUUGCGCUUUAAAGCACCAUGCGGAGAAGAAAAAGUGCUACGUGUGCAACCAACCGACGCUUGGGAUAUUCAACACUGCACAUGAAAUACGAAAGCGGAUGGCUGCUGAAGGAAAAUAGUCGACAUGUAACUUCCAUUCCUACUUUGUUUAUUUGAUAGAAACGUGUUAUCAGUUAUGUACUUUGUUAGUUGUUACGCAUAACUGGCCACAUGAUACUGAUUUACUUAAUUCGAUUACAUUAUUAAUAUCA